GCUAAAACAACUCGAGGAAACUCUACGAUAUAGCAGAGAUAAUAAUGGUGUCCACUCCAGAGCUUAAGAAGUAUAUGGACAAAAGAGUAACAGUAGCUCUGAACGGCUCCCGUAAAGUGACCGGUAAUCUAAGAGGUUACGACAUAUUUCUCAAUAUUGUACUGGAAGAUGCCACAGAGGACUCCACGGGAACACCAAUACAGAUAGGCUCAAGUGUGGUGAGAGGAAACUCAAUCUUGUCUAUAGAAUGUCUAGAAUCGAUAUAGUACAGUGAUGGAAUAAGCACAAAAAGUGCUGGAGGUGGACGAUACAUUCACAACCUGGGAACGGUGAGGGUAUAUAACAUUGAAAUGGAGGCUUUCGUUGCCGUUCUCAUUAAUGAAAACACUAGAGCUUAUGGGGAAUAGAUAGUCAUUGUCGUAUCUCCAUCUCUAGCCCGUUAUUCUUGUAUCCACAUUUUUCGUAGAAUC